CCAGGAGUUGUUGGCUGCAACACUCCAGCUCUUCUUGCAGAUUCAUUCUCUCUCCUACUAAGCAUCUUUCGUCUUUCGAACUGUACACUCAAAUCCUCAGGUCUACGAAACAGACGGAACAGACGGUGCGGGGUCCCAUGCUGUGGGUGUCCCGCAGGCAACAAUGGGUUCCUCCAUAAUCAACAUCCAGCGCGAUAUUCUCCUGAAUACGGUCCGCUAUGCUGGAGGGGAAGAAUGGAAAGUCUUGGUGGUAGAUGAGGACAGCAAGAAACUGAUCGACAAUGUAACGAAGGACGAAGAUAUUCUCAACCUCAAUGUGACAAACAUCGAGCAGAUCGAACACAAACGGCCGGCGAACCCUGACAUGGAUGCGCUCUAUAUUCUGACCCCGCAGCCGCAUAUUGUCGAUUGCCUCAUGGCCGAUUUCGAGCGGAAACGAUAUAGGAAAGGCUACUUGGCCUGGACAUCAAUUCUCGACCCUAAACAGCGCCACAGGAUAGAGAGAUCGCAGAUCGCCCGCGAGCAGAUCGCUGACUUCCGAGUGCUCAACAUCGGAUUCUUUCCCAGAGAGUCGCAUGUAGUGACCUUGCGAGACCCCUGGAGCUUUCCUGUGCUCUUUCAUCCUGGAUGCAAUACCUUGAUACGGGAUCAUUUGCAGGACUUGGCUCAAAAGAUUGUGUCAGUGUGCGUUACUCUGGGCGAAUACCCGACGAUACGGUACUAUAAGCCUAGGGCGCCUAUUCAUGAAGCGAGUGUCUUAUGCUCGCAUCUUGCUCGGUUUAUCCAGGAGGAACUGGAUAACUUCGCGCAGGCCAAAAGAGAUUUUCCUCCCCCGUCGCCCAGGCCUCGCGGUGUCCUCUUCGUGGUGGACCGCUCCAUGGACCUUUUCUCUCCUCUCAUCCAUGAAUUUACUUAUCAGGCAAUGGUACACGACCUGCUGCCGAUCAAAGACGGCGACAAAGUCACGUACAAGACUGUUAUAAAUGAGGGAAGUCACAACGAGGAAGUUAAGGACAUGGAAAUCACAGACAAUGACAGAAUUUGGGUCGACUACAGACAUCAACACAUGAAAGAUGUUCUGGGUAAACUGGGCGAGGAUUUUGCGAAGUUUAGGGCUGCCAAUCCUCAAUUUGCCGAUGAUGAUAACAAAGUCAGCGUCGACACGAUUAAGGAUAUGUUAGUUGGUCUAUCAGAUUUCCAAGAGGGCAAGAAUCUCUAUACUCUUCAUCUCAACAUGGCGCAGGAAUGCAUGAAGUUUUUCCAAGAGCAAAAGUUGAUCGAAGUUAGUUCAGUGGAACAGUCUCUGUCUACUGGCCUGGACGAAGAUUAUAAGAAGCCUAGAAAUAUGGCUGAUCAGAUAGUACGACUUCUGGACGACCCAUCCAUAACACCCCCAGAUCGCCUGAGACUCAUAAUUCUCUAUCUCAUCUACCGAGAUGGCCUACUUGGUGGCGAUAUCAGGAAGCUUCUUGCUCAUGCCCAGCUCCCACCCCAGGACGGAGAGGUUAUACAAAACCUCGAACUGCUGGGAGUGCGAGUCGAGAAACCUCUGAAGGAUACAAAGACUCCGCCUCAACCUCUCUUUGUUAGGAAGCCUCCUGCUGUUGAGUCGGAGGAAGUGAACCUUUCUCGUUUCGAGCCCAAUGUGAAGAUGAUGCUGGAGGAUCACCUGCGAGGGGUCUUAGAUCGUUCCGUUUUCCCCUUCACGCGCCCGCCAGCUGAAGGUGAUGGAAUGGGGACGGUAGACACCUUGUCCCAAUCCUCUCUCAGAAGCGCCAAACCAACUUGGGCACGUACACGUUCCUCCAAUGACCAGCCCCGGCAACGUCUCAUAGUGUUCAUGGCGGGAGGAGCUACCUAUUCCGAAGCUCGAGCAUGCUACGAGGUUUCCCAGGCGUCAGGGAAGGAUAUUUUCCUUGUGACUUCGCACAUGUUGACUCCGCGCCUCUUCCUGCGGCAGCUGGGAGAGCUCAGUGUGGACAAGCGGCGAUUAGAUAUCCCAGCAGAGCGGCCUAAGAAACAAGCGCCGGCACAUUUGUUCGAGAGAGAGCCCGCGCCGCCGCCACCAGCACCUGUCGCUAAGAAGCCAAUGCCGGCUCUUAACCCACCUCUGCCUCCAGGCGACGCAAUGGCCGCGAUGUCCAUUAAUCCCAAGCCGAACGGAUCGUCCGGUGCACCACCAGGGAAACCGCCUAAGGAGGAGAAGGAGAAGAAAAAGAAGAAGCACCACUUCUUCAAAUGAACCUGGGAAGCAAUGCCAAAAGCAAGUCCCACCGAUCAUGAUAUCCUCCCCGUUACUGGUUCCGUGUCUUGUCUGCUUCCCCUCUUCCUUAUCCUACUUUUAGCGCGUUGAUACCAUCCUGCUUCGAAUCCGCAAUUCCCUGAGCAUUUCCAAUGGUACAAAAACCGAGCAUACGCAUUUUUUUUGUCUUGGUGUGGAUGAUAUCUGCUCGUUCUUCUUGAGUCGGUGCUCUAUCUUGUAU